UCGAGUUUAGAAUUUAGAAGUGCCAUUACCUUAACCUCCCUCGCCGGUUCAGAGUGACGUACAGACGCUUCUCCCGCUCCCUCUCUCUCUCUCCCCGUCUCUCUGUUAAUCACUUCACUUCGAGAUUGGUUCCUCGUAGUUGCCCUAGAUUCUCGUGGGCUCUCUCCGUCAUCACCGCCUCAUGAAGUUACGUCGGAAGGCUUGAAGUUCAGGAAUUAGGGUUUCGGAUUUGAAAUGGUGGGAAUCAUGGCGGCGACGUCGAGAGAAAAGCUAGCAGCCCUCCUGAACUCCGCCAAGUUCGCCACGGACGUGCCUUCGAGGCUGGAAAAGCUGAGCCAGUUGAACCCCCAGCUAUGUCAGGCCGGCGACCCGGUUUUGAUAGCGGAAUUCCUCCCUCCGCUCCUUGACCUCCACUCGGAUCGCUCCAGUCCAGUUCGCAAGCUCAUCGCAGAGACAAUUGGUGAUAUAGGAUUAAAGCAUAUGGAAUUCAUCCCUGAUAUUGCACCUAUUUUGAUGACUGUGCUGAAAGAUGGCACACCAGCAGUUGCUAGACAGGCCAUCGCUUCUGGAAUUGAUUUAUUUCGUUCCACUCUUGUAAAAGUUGCAAUCCAGGGUUUAUACUCCAGUGAGUUGGAUGACUGCCUUGAAUCAUCAUGGACAUGGGUGCUAAAGCUUAGGGAUGAAAUAUACUCAAUAGCCUUCCAGCCGAGGAAUGACGGAACGAGGUUGCUAGCACUAAAGUUUGUUGAAGCAGUUAUUCUUCUUUAUACACCUGAUCCAAGCGGCUCCUCAGAGCCUCCUUCUCAGUUAGAUUCUGAAGGAGAUUUUGAGUUUAACAUAUCAUGGAUUCGUGGAGGACAUCCUGUACUAAAUGUUGGAGAUUUAUCAAUUGAAGCAAGUCAGAAUUUGGGUUUAUUGCUUGAUCAGCUGAGAUUACCGACUGUGAAAUCUCUCAAUAACUCAAUGAUUAUUGUGCUCAUUAAUAGUCUUUCAUCAAUUGCAAAAGGAAGGCCUGCCUUUUAUGGUCGCAUUCUUCCAGUCUUGCUUGGUUUAGAUCCCUCCAGCUCUCUCAACAAAAGAGUGCCAGUUUUUGGGGUGCAUCAUGCUUUAAAGAAUGCUUUUCUUUCCUGCUUGAAAUGUACACACCCAAGUGCUGCACCGUGGCGGGAUCGUCUAGUUGCUGCACUCAGAGCAAUGAAAGCUGGAGUUUCUGUGGAACAAGCUCUUCAACAAGUCUACCAGAUCAAUGGAAGUGUAGAACAGAAAGAUGAUUUGCAAGUUACCCAAGAGAAGAAGCCUUCAAUUAAAGGAGAUGAUGCUGUGCAUGCUAAUGCUGGGAGGAAAAGGGCUGGUGUGCUGGAUGCUAGAGACUUGGUUGAAGAAUAUGAUGGGUCUGGAAAGCGUGCCUGUCUAACACCUACUGCUUCAGAGAAAUUGGAGCAAGACUUAAAUAGGGACCAGGAUGACAUCCCUUCUAGGGGAGUAUCUCGAGGAGAUGGAGAUAAUGGACCAGUCCAGCAACUUGUUGCCAUGUUUGGUGCAUUGGUUGCUCAGGGUGAGAAAGCUAUGGUAUCACUAGAGAUUCUUAUCUCUAGUAUCUCUGCUGAUUUGCUAGCUGAAGUAGUUAUGGCUAAUAUGCGGCACCUUCCUCCCAAUCAGCCUACAACUGAAGACAAUGAUGAUUCAUUGGGUUCUUGUCCAAAUAUUGCUGGCUACGAUAAUCAAUUCAGAAAUCUGUCAUCAACUUUGAAAGAGAUGCUUUCCACUUCUAAUGUAGCUACACAGAUGGAUUCUGUGUCAGAUGCCGAGCAAUCUCAAUCCACUGAUGUAGAGAUAAAUCGGGGAAAGGAGGAAAGGCCAUUAGUGACUGUGGCCGAUAAUGAUUUUGUAUCUUCUGAUGUACAUCAUGGAGUUGAACAAGCAUUGGUACCUGUACCAGUUUCUUCUUCCGGUGAAGUUCCAUCUGCAACUUUAAAUGGUUUUUCAGCUCUUCCAUCCAAAGUCCUUGAUGUUGCAAAUCUAGAGAGUGAGAUACCAGGUCUGGAUUCAACUGCUCGCAGUGAUGGACUUGCUGAAACACUAGUUUCAUCACUGCCACCUAUGGAUAUGGAAGAUGCUAGUCAAGAGCAAGUUAGUAGUUUGGGUAGGUUAUCAGUGGAUCUAGUUCCGUCAAUGUCAACUGAUAGGUCUGAAGAACUUAGUCCCAAAGCAGCUGUCACAGAUGUAAGCAGCAUUAACUCCUCAACGGCAACUUCUGUUGGAUUGCCCAUUCAAUUUAUGCUGCCCAAAAUGUCAGCCCCAGUUAUCAAUCUUGCUGAUGAAGACAAGGACCAAUUGCAAAAAUUGGCUUUCAUUCGUAUUGUGGAGGCAUAUAAACAAAUAGCAAUUGCUGGAGGUUCACAUGUUCGAUUUUCUUUGCUUGCCUAUUUGGGGGCUGAGUUUCCUCUUGACUUGGAUCCGUGGAAUGUACUACAAAAGCAUAUAUUGUCAGAUUAUAUGAAUCAUGAGGGACACGAGUUGACAUUGCGUGUGCUCUACAGGUUAUUUAUCGAAGCAGAAGAAGAACAAGACUUCAUUUCCUUCACCACUGCUAAAUCAGUAUAUGAAAUGUUUUUUCUCAAUGUGGCAGAAACACUUAGAGAUUCUUUUCCAGCCUCUGACAAAUCCUUAAGUAGAUUGCUUGGUGAAGCUCCUUAUCUCCCCAAUUCUAUUUUUAAACUUUUAGAGAGCUUAUGUUCUCCUGGAAGCAGUGAUAAAGCUGAGAAGGACUCACUCAGUGGAGAUCGAGUUCAUCAAGGUCUCAGUACUGUGUGGAGCCUUAUUUUGCUACGGCCUGCCAUUCGUGAUGUCUGUUUAAGAAUUGCUUUACAGAGUGCAGUUCAUCACCUGGAGGAAGUACGCAUGAAGGCAAUACGCCUGGUGGCAAACAAGCUCUAUCCUUUAUCAUCAAUUUCCCAACAAAUAGAAGAUUUUGGAAAGGAAAUGCUCUACUCUGUAACUAAAGGUGAUUAUAUGAUGGGCAGAAUUGAUGGCGACAGAUCUGAAAUACCAAAGGAUUCCAACUUGGACAAACCUUCAAUAGAACAACCUUCAGUGGCACCCAUCAGCAAAGAUAACUCCUCUGAUGCCUCUCAAUUAGGCGUACCCCAGAACUUAUCAACUUCAUUAACUGAGGCUCAGCGUUGCAUGUCACUUUAUUUUGCCCUGUGCACUAAGAAGCACACCCUUUUUCGUGAGAUAUUUGUAGUCUAUAAAAGCACAUCAGAUGCAGUAAAGCAGGCAGUUCAUAACCAAAUCCCAAUACUAGUUCGCACAAUCGGCUCAUCAUCUGAACUUCUUGAAAUUAUUUCAGAUCCACCAACUGGAAGUGAGAACCUUUUAUUGCAGGUUUUGCAUACAUUGACAGAUGGGAUAGUUCCUUCUCCAGAACUAGUGUUGACAAUUAAAAAGUUAUAUGAUACAAAAGUAAAGGACAUAGAAGUUCUAAUUCCAGUUUUGUCAUAUUUACCAAAAGAUGAGGUUUUGGUGAUUUUCCCACAUCUUGUUAAUCUUCCCUUGGAUAAGUUCCAAGUUGCACUUGGACGUGUUCUCCAGGGUUCUCAUUCUGGUCAAGUUCUAUCGCCAGCUGAAGUACUAAUUGCUAUCCAUGGAAUCGAUCCUGACAAGGACAAAAUUCCCUUGAAGAAGGUCACAGAUGCUUGUAAUGCUUGUUUUGAACAAAGGCAGAUAUUCACCCAACAAGUUCUUGCAAAGGUCCUGAAUCAAUUGGUUGAGCAGAUUCCUCUUCCUUUGUUGUUCAUGCGGACAGUCUUACAGGCUAUAGGUGCUUUUCCAGCCUUGGUGGAGUUCAUAAUGGAAAUCCUUUCUCGUCUUGUGAACAAACAGAUUUGGAAGUACCCCAAGUUGUGGGUAGGAUUCUUGAAGUGUGCUCUCUUAACAAAGCCUCAGUCAUUCAGUGUGUUGCUCCAGCUACCUCCAGCACAGCUUGAAAAUGCAUUGAACAGAACAGCAGCACUUAAGGCUCCCUUGGUUGCUCAUGCCAACCAGCCAAACAUACGUGCUACACUUCCAAGGUCUACAUUGGCAGUUCUGGGAAUCGCAUCAGAUUCACAGAAUUUUAGUCAACCGCAAACUACUCCAGCUCGUACUGCAGAUACAGGCAAUUCAGAUAAGGAAGCAGUAACUGAAAAACCCAAAGAAUCAUCUAGCGCCAGUUAACUUGAGAGCUUUUAAUUAAUACCUAUCGAUGCUCUUGCCUACAGUGGAUCGACAGCUGAGCAAGACAACUGAAUCCCACACAAUGAGGAUUUCCCCAGGUUGAGCAUUCACACUCCAAAAGUAGAAGCAUUGAGCAGUCGGUUGUUUGUUGUUACGAAGGAAUCAUGCCAUCUACUUGGAGAUUGCUGCUCUAUUAGGAACUAUUUAGGUAAAGUUCAGGAGCAUACUGUUUCUAGGUCCGUCCUAAAAAUGUUAGAUUCAGGAAAUUCAUUAAAAUGCUGUAAAAUGUGUAAUGUCCUGUAGAAUGUCAUCUUUAGAAGAAGGGCUUGCUGUCAUUUUGUAAAGAAAAUUUUGGAUGAAUAAUGAUCAAAGUGAAAUUACCAAAAGGACCGCCUUAUAGGGUUUUCA